UCUCUCCAAUCCACCAUUUCUCCGAAGGGAAGGGAGACAGUCAAUGAAAACCUAGCCGUCCAUGACGACACAAUUUAGUGAGUCGGUAUGAAAAUCGUGUGUUUAUCAUCAUAAAAAAGCGAGUUGUGGUGUGUGCCCCGUGCGCGUACAAGACCCCCAUCAGACGUUUUUGUCGCCUCGCCGCCGAAAUGUUUUGGUUCGCGAUCUGUGCCCUCCUUCUGACACCCAUCGCUUCUUCGACGGAGCCGUUCGACGAGUACACAGCUCCCAAAUUGGACGUGGACAAUUUGGAGAACGGCUACCACGGCCUCGUGAAAGAGAACGAGACGUUGGUCGAAGUGACGCCGGCGAUACGCGCCAUCGGCGAACAAGUUUGCAGUUUUCGCAUCGUAAACAAGCACCAUGGCGAAGCUCCAUUUGAGAUCGUCUCGAAAGAGGACGGCUAUGCCGAACUCAGGGCCAGAAGGGUGCUCAACUGCGAGAAAAGAAGGAACUACAAGUUCGACAUUGCUGCCGUCGGCUGUAACGGCAAGCAGAGCGUCAGCGCCACCGUUCACAUAACCGUCUCAGAUGUGAACGAAUACGCACCGACUUUCUCCGAACCAAGCUACGUAAGGCAAGUCGAUGAAGGACGAAUCUACAGCGAGAUUGUUCGUGUCGAAGCGACCGAUCGUGAUUGUACGCCGAAGUUCGGCGAUGUCUGCAAAUAUGAAAUACUUACGUCAGAUCAGCCUUUCGUUAUCGACAUGGAUGGGGUUAUUAGGAAUACGGAGCCUUUGGAUUAUGAGAGGUCGCAUAACCACAUACUCAGUGUCGUGGCUUACGACUGUGGAAUGCGUCAAAGCUUGCCCGUCAUGGUCACCAUCAAAGUCAACCGUGUCUGUCGACUCGGCUGGCGAGGACUUCCGGAAAGAGUCGAUUAUGCUCCGACCACCGGAAAACAGGAACUAUUCCCUUCAGCCAGUUUGGAAUUGUGCGACGUUCCAUGUAACGUGAGGGAAUUACGAACGAGGGUUGAUUUAGCCACCAGACAUAUCGGCAAAGGUUGCGAUCGUGACACUUACAGCGUCCAGUCUCAGCGUAAAUUAUGCGGGGCUUCCCCGUCGGCUAUCGACCUGCUUCCGAGUCCGGGAGUCGGUGCCGAAUGGACGAAGCCGCUGAUUUCCGACGAGGGACACGAAUCGGAUCAGAUGUUUGAAUUUGACGGCUCCAGCACUGCCGUUUCCAUUCCGAAUUCGGUUUUGGAUCAUAAUUUGCCGUCAACGUUCACGAUAGCCACGUGGAUGAGACAUGGACAACAUAAUGGGCAGGAUAAACGCGUCAAGGAACAUAUUUUGUGUUCGGCUGACGACCAUAAAAUGAACCGCCACCACUACGCCCUCUUUGUCCGCAAUUGCCGCCUCAUCCUCCUCCUCCGACGCGACUUCUCCGAAGGCGACCUCAACAUCUUCCGUCCGGCGGAAUGGCGUUGGAAGAUCCCCCAGGUCUGCGACGACCAAUGGCAUCACUACGCCGUCAACGUGCGUUUCCCCGACAUUGAGCUCUACGUCGACGGUCAACUCUUCCGUUCCGAGAAGAAAAACCCGGAAGUCAUCGACGAUUGGCCACUCCAUCCCACGAAAGGCAUCAACACCACGUUGACAGUCGGCGCCUGCUGGCAGGGCUCCGACAACAAGAUGAAGCACCACCUCAAGGGCUAUCUGGCCGGCUUGAGCGUCCUCGUUGGCGAGACGGAAAAGCCCGAAGUGUUGAGCUGUCUGCAUCAGUGCAAAGAGAGUCUUCAAGUGCCCGCAAUGGAACUCCUUCAACCUGGAAUGGAACUGUUGACGAAUUCGGAUUUAACGGAAGUUACAGUCGAGGGAGAUAAUCGCACGAAUUUGGAAACUUUGGUUCGGAAGAUCGGAUAUGCGAAUAGUCGGGAGUUUCCGACGCCGGGAAGGAGGAAUUUGAGGCUGACGACGACGGUUACGUGCGAUAACGGGAAGACGGUCAAGGUGCCCGAUGCGCAAACUUAUGUCAUGGUUUUAAGGCCGCAAACGCCCUCGAUCAAUCUCAAUGGGACGGGGAACAUGGCGAGGAAAUACGAGGAUUUCAGGAUGGGGGUUCGCGUCCUGGCUGACAUCCACAUAUCCGGGGAACAAAAGCUCGACAAAUGCUCCUUAACCAUCUACCCUAACUUAAACCCCGACCACGAGAACUUAAGCGUCCCCGAAGAAAUGUUAAAAAGACUGGGAAUGGCAGCUCGUGUAUCAAAAGAUGGUGUUACCAUCACCGGAUCCGACAUGGUCUUCAACUACCAACAAGUACUCAGACAAAUCGUCUACACCAACCGAAAACCCGCCUACUACCUAAACCGAGUGUUCAAACUAACCUGCUCCGAAUUAAACGGACGAUUCACCUCAAAUGAAUACGUGCAAACUCUCACUGUGAUCCAUCCCCAGCCCAAAGAACCCAUCGUAGCUCAUGCAACUGUCAACAAACACAAUGUGGAAUUACGACCAGCGUCGGUCGUUUCACGUGAUUACAUUCCUUCGGAACAUUUGAAUUUGGUCGCAAGUGGGGGAUCACAUGCUGUUACAAUAAUCGUCGUAGUGUGCGUCGGAUUUUUGUUGUUUAUGAUUGUCUUGGGUGUGAUCAGGAUCAGGGCGGCUCAUCAUAGAAAUGCAUCCGAGGAGGCGCAGGACAGCGAGAUGACUUGGGAUGAUUCCGCGCUGACAAUCACCGUGAACCCAAUGGAGAACGCUGAACGCAAACUGGAAGGCCACUCAGCCGACUACAGCGAAAGCGACCAAUCCGAUUCGGACAGUUCAUCGGACGACGACAACAUCGACGGUCCGUGCAGAAUUCCCGACUCUUCGGACGACGAAGAGGAGCAACCGGCUCGUAGUCGCAAACACGACUAUCAAAAUAUCAGCCAACUAGAAUGGGACCAUUCUACGAUGUAAAAAUUCCAUCUACAAAAAAACAAAAAAAAAAACAAGAAACGGGAGCGGACGUUUCACCUGGUGAGUUUUAUUUGUAAUUCGCGCCGUUUGAAGCGUCACGAAGGCGGUAUAUAUAUUAUUAAACAUAAAACACAUACGCAAAGGUUUGAGCCGUAGCGAAGCCUUUUCGUACGGGAAAAAAAUAUAUAUUUCGCGGAGCGGUCGCAAAACUGCCGAAAAAAACAAUCAGCGGGAGUUUUGCGAACGCGUCGCGAUUGAUAUCAAUAAUAAUCGUCCAUAAUGUUAGAGUUAUACAAGUUGUAUAUCCCUUUCACUUAGCUAUUAGUAUAAAAAAAAAGAAACAGCUAGGUUGGGGUGUUUUAACGCCCGCUAAGUAAAUAGCUAUUUCCUCAUCCUUUCGCUUGGAAUCGCCUGUUUGUUUCGGUUAUUUAAGGGCAGCCAUUGUUUUUAACACGUAGGGUUAGUUUUAAGAUGGAAAGUCUUUCGUCCUUUCGAAGCUUCGACAAUAAUUCAGCUUGUUUUUGUAGUGCGGUGGCAGCGGCUUUCUCUAAACCGAAAGACUUUCUUCCUUUUUUUUUUAAAUUAUUGACCUAACGUUUAAGGCCUAGGUUAAAAAGCAAGUAUUUUUCCUAUUUUUUAAUUAACCUGAACGCUUUAUUUUGUACUUACGUAGUUUUAAUCACUCACUUCACUCGAAAUAUUCCUCGUAUUGUCAUAUCAAAUUUUGUACACUGUCUGUCGCUGGUUUUUUCGAACGUUUCGUUCCAAACGCAUCAACAACUAGGCAAAAAUGAUUGAUUUAUUUAGAAUCGAUGUUUGUGGACUCUCUCGCACAAGUUCAUGUCUCUAAAAUAAUAAUACAAAAGGAGGUGUACAUAAAGUUUUGCAGCUAAAUAGUAUUUUUUUGUAUCGUAGACGAUGGGUACUUACGAAUAAAUGAAAUGGUUUAUUUAUUACAAGAUGCGCGGUAAAUUAUUAUAUAAAAGGAUGCAAUAGUAGUUGUGUAUAAAAGAAGAACAAGUCUAUAUCAUAUUUGCAAUAUGUAAGUGUAUUGUUUUUCGUCGCCAUUUUGUUUAUACGUGUUGGCAUCUUAGAAUAGUAGCUGUGAUGUUGAUGAAAAAAUGAGAAUGUUUUAGUAAGCACUAUUCGGUUGAUUUGUUUCCGGCCGUUCGACUGACUGAUCGAUGAAUUGGCGCGAUUUUCUCGAAUUUUUAUUCAAAAACUAACCUCAAAAACGUUGUAUAUUUGAUUGUAGAAAGUGUAAUUAUUAUAGUAGGCGGUGUGUCCGAAAGUCGCGCUUGUUUUUUUCAAAGUCGAACUCAGCUGUCAGAUUACUAUUGAAAAAGUAAUAACACUAUUUUUGACAAGUACGUAACAGAACGUUACAUUCCAUGCAUAUAUUUGUAAUCUUUGUAUCUUUAACAGUUACGAGCUUUGUUGUGUGUUUACAAAUCAGAAAUCAAAUAAUCCGAAUAUCUUUAGGUGUCAUACCACAAUAAUUAUGUAAUACAUAAAUGUAUAAUAAAUAACAAAUAUA